UCAAGAUAAACUUGCUUUAGUUAAGAGGAAAAUAAUAAUAUAUAUACAAUCAUGUUAACAGAACAUGGCCUGGUGGUAUACACUGAUUUAGAACUGCAAUUGUGACUGCUUCUAUUUAAGUGUAUAUAUAUAUAUAAAUUGCAAGAAAGUAUCUUUGAUGCACCAAUCAAAAGAUUCAAUUCAAAAGACUAAAACUAAACCUGAUUGGUCAUCAUUUUGGCUAUAAAAAAGAUUGUUGAUAAAAUUGAAACUUUCUUGGUCUGGUAAGAGGUUGCUGAACAAGACAGCAGGCAGAUUUUUAUAAAUAUACACAACUUUGGGCAAUGGAGUUACGUAGGUGAUGAUGCUUUCUUUUGUUUUCUUCAAUAAAGAAAUAGAGUAAUAUUCCAAUAUUGUUCUAAGUUAGAAACACUUGCUGUUGUUAUUGUUUUGUGGGUAAGAGUUGAGAAAGAAUCUUUUGUUUUGUUAUGAGAUUUGCCCCCACAGAGGCUCAGAGUCAGAGCACAGUAUAUAAUUAAAUAUGCGACUGUUCAAGCAAAGUUAAUUACAUCCACUAAUAUAGUUUUAUAAGCGAUGAUUACGUAUUCCCAUUUACUUUAGAAAAAUGAUCGACAUCCACACUAACUAUAGAUGAUUACAUAUUUAAAUAACAUUAAAGUACUACUAGUUAUAGCAAUAUGACGACAUGUAUUAAAUAACCUAUGUUUUAUCUGGUUGAUAUCAUAAUUUUUCAAAAUUAUAAACAUACUUUGGUAGCCUAACAAUUCAAUAUUAAAAUCCAACAUAAUUUAAAGAGAAAUCAAUCAUAACCAACUUAACAAAUCUAAAUAAGUUUGACAUAUCAGCUAAAUUAAAGGGGAAAUUAUACAUUUACACUUUGUUGAGUACCCCUUUUCAAAUUUACACUCAGGAGGAGGACAUUUUCACAAAUACCUAAUUGUUUAGUAGCCGAAAGACAAUAAUAACCCUCGCAAUUUUAACCUUUUCUCUCGAAUCUCUCUAGCUCGCCAUCGAAGGCGACGAGAUUACAGAGCUACGACGGCGAUUCUAGCAACGGCGACGACAAAAGGUCUUCUCUCUCACUAGUCACGCCGUCUCUCUGGAAAGAGCAUCCGGUGACGACGAAUAACAAUCAGACUAUACGAUUCAAAAUUUCAUCUCAAAAAAUGUCGUCUACUCCUCACGAUUCUCCUCUACACGAUUCUCCUAUACACGAUUCUCCUCUUCACGAUUCUCCUAUUCAUGAUUCUUAUCUUCACGAUUCUCUACAAUUGGAUAGCAACGAGUUUUGCACAACCUUGAAAUUGCCUGGGAGGGUUUAUGAAGCUGUAGAAACACCAGAUAAUCCCAAAGCGAUAAUCCAUCACUCAAAGAUUGAUUAUAUCGAGAAGGUGGAAGAUAUAUUAGGAAAAGAAGAGUUUUCUUUCAUAGAGAACUCUCACAUUGGGAGCAUUUUGAAGUUGGUUAAAAGGAAUAGGGUUCAAUUUUCAGAAGAGUUGUUCCAUUUUCUAAUGCAGCGAAGAGUAUUGACGCAAGGAGAGGAUCUCUGGUUUACUUUCUCGGACCAGCCUAUGAGGUUUUCACUAAGGGAAUUUCAUCUGACAACAGGCUUACGUUGUGAGGAAGAUCAGACAAUAACAGAGCCGCUGUUCAAAAUAAUGAAGAAGCCAUACAUUUGGAUGCUGGGCAAGAUUGAUAAGUUUACGGUGAGAACGUUAUAUGAAAUGUUUAAAAAGAAAGCACGAAGCAUGCCAACACUAGAAAGAUUAUCCCUUGGAACAGCAAUACUCACAGAAGCGGUAAUUAUGGCAGAAAAUCCGAGUUCUAAAAUCCCGAGAGACAGGUUGCAGCGUUAUAUGAACUAUCGCUCACACAAGAUUGCUUGGGGUAAAACUGCUUAUAGAAUCUUGAUGAGAAGUGUAAAAAGUUUGAGUGCAAGUUCCUGGACAGGAGAUAGUUAUGAAGUGAGUGGUUUUGCGCUAGCCAUAAAUCUGUGGGCAAUGUCAUCAGUGAAUGUGCUUGGUAAAUCUUUGGGAAAGCCAUGCGAGACAUCCUCUUCUUCUGAUCCGUUGUGUCUACAUUGGGACUCAACAAGAACUCCGACAAUAGCUGAAGUGUUAGAGCUGGAGAAGAUAAACAAUGUUGAGGUUAGCACAGUGAUUGGAUUGGCUGAGGAAUACAAACAUUUGGUGGGGGCAACACAUAGUGACGAUGCUGACUUUCACAGUGUUGUGAAACUAGUUCAACAAGGAUACAAAAUGAGGAGAAGCGAUUGGGAGAAAGGUUUUGUGGAUAUGUUUGUUGCAACAGAAGAUAUAGGUCAACAACGCAAGACAAAAGACGAAGAUGCAGAGCAUGGUGAAGAUCUGAACCAUAAUGAAGAUGAAGAGGAAAAGAAAGAUGAAGAGGAAAAGACAGAUGAAGAGGAAAAUAAAGAUGAAGAGUAUCAAAAGGAUAAGGAGCAAAGAAAAGAUAAAAAUCAUUCCAUGUCUAACAGCGAGAAACUUGAUAAGCUAAUCCAAAUGGUUCGUGAUUUGGAUAAGCGAGUAGUAAUGAUCCAGAAUGUUUUAGGAGUUAAGUUUAACGACAGUUCACCAAACAAAGAAGAUUGUGAAAAUGGAGCUAGUUCUGGUGAUAGAAGAAGUGCACAAGAUUAUGAAAAUGAAGAAGAUACAAUUAAUGAAGAAGCAAACUCUGAUGAUAAAAAAAAUGCACCAGAUGAUGAAAAUGAAGAAGAUACAAUUGCUGAAGCAGCAAACUCUGAAGAUACAAUUGCUGAAGAAGCAAACUCUGGCGAUGGAAGAAGUGCACUGGAUGAUGAAAAUGAAAAAGAGAUAUGUGAUGAAGAAGCAAAAUCUGGUACAGAGCAUCAAAGGGAAGAAGAGAAUAUUCUUGGGGAAAUUGAGACUACACAAAAAAUCACUCAAGACGAAGACACAGAAAAACUUGAAUCAGAAAGUUGCUUGAAACAAACGUCGCAGGUUACGUCGCCUACUCCAACAUUCAAUACUCCAAACUUUGAUACAAGGGUUUCAUCGCCUAAUCCAACAUUUACGUCUCCUAAGUUUGAUCUCCUUUCCCAAGAAAGUCAUAGUGGAAAGGGUACAAAUGAGGUUCUUAUGAGAGAUGUUUAUGAGAUUCCUGUUUUCCAACCUCUAAUGAAAAUAAAAAAGAGAUUGGUACAACAACACAGCCAGGUAAACGAAGAUGUUGAGCCUCCACUUCAAAAGAAGUUUAAAGCUGAUACAGAUAAUGUUCCGCUAAGAAGAAGUGAAAGAGGUCAAAUACCAUCCAUUCAUACACAACCACCGUUUACAGGAGCAAGGAAGAAACAUCCGAUUCUUCAUCCCUUUGAGCCAGUUGAUAAAACAAGAAAAGAAAAAAUGAGAGAAUGGAAAAUGUCAAACAAAAGAAAGAAGCUGAGAAUCAAUCAAGAGAUAGUAAACGCAAAGUGGUUUUCGGAUAUUGAAACUCCGGGAAAAAAACUUUCAAAAACGCAUAUUGAAGCAGGUUUUGAGUUGCUGAAACUGAGACAGAUAAACAAUCCAGAUUUGUUUCUGAACAAAACUGCCUUAGUUGUUGGAGUGAAGUUUCUUGAAGAAAUAGAUGAGUUUUAUGAUGAGUUUUUAGAUGACAAGAAAGGUUUCCAAUUUGGAGCAGGCUUUGACAAGUACAACAUAGAGAAGAAUAUCAACUUCCUCUAUUCGGCCAUUGCAGUAGCAGAGAAGUAUUGGCUUGGAGUUGUAAUCAACUUGGAGAAGAGAAAUAUCACAGCAUUCAAUUGUGCAGCAAUGAAGUUCACAGAUGCGAGUUUGGUCCCUUACGUUAAUGCAUAUGCGAUGGCUCUCCCAUUCAUGAUUCGCUACUUCUUCAAAGAUGUCAGCAUGGAUACAAGCAAGUUCUCGAUAAAAAUUGUAUCUGAAGGUUCUUAAAAUAGAAGACAGUGGAGUUUAUGCAUUGAAGCUGAUAGAGUGCCAUGCAAUGCGUAUAGUGGAUUUGACAAAGCUGAGUGAAGAAAAAAUUGCAAUCAUCCGAGAAAAGUUGGCGGUUGAUAUCUUCUCGGAAUUACAAUGAAUACUAAUGUGGGAAUGAACAAAAACUUUAUAGCUUGCUUAUAGUUAUGUGUGAACAACUAUCUGUUUUAUGCGUGUUUGGUAAACUUUGUUUGUAGAAUUCUGAGUAUUAUGAGUUUAUGACUUGGAUUUAUGGUUUUCCUU